AUGGUUACGACACGAAACCAGGAGCUCUCUACGGAGAAAGGCUCGAAAUCCGAACAACCUGAGCAGACCGAGGGUACCAUUAGCGAAGCUCCCACCCCAUCCGAACCCAAUGAUGGAAAGAAUGAGGACGAUGCUGCUUCUCAAGCGCGUGACAGACAAGCACGUUUCAAAGCUCUGCAAGCUCGAGCUAAAUCCGCCACGGAACGCAACUUGAAGGAAACUGCUGCAGAAACUCAGCGGCUAUCUACCGAUCCUGGCUUGGCGAACUCACUCUCGCGCAAACAUGCAUUCGCCUCUCACAAUCUCCUCAAGGCGGACACAGAAGCCGCAGGCGAAGACUUCGAGCGCAAGCGAGCUUGGGAUUGGACCAUCGACGAAUCCGAGAAGUGGGACCGACGCAUGGAGAAGAAGCAGCGACAUCGCGACAAUGUGGCGUUUCAAGAUUACACGCAAGAUGCGCACAAGGUCUACAAGCGGCAGAUGCGAGAACUCCCUGCCAACCUGGAAGCAUACGAAAAGGAGAAGUUGGCCGCUAUCGAGAAGGCUGCUGCCAACGGUGACCUUGAGAUCGUUGAAACCGAGGACGGCGAGAUGAUCGCGAUCGAUAAGAACGGCAGCUUCUACUCGACUGCGGACAGCGUGGGCUUCACCGACAACAAGCCAAACCGUGCUGCUGUGGACAGACUGGUUGGUGAUAUUCAGAAGGCCGAGGAAGUCCGCUUGAAAAAGCGCAAGGAGCGUCGUGGUGAUGAUGAGGCAGACGUUACCUACAUCAAUGACAAGAACAAGCAGUUCAAUCAGAAGUUGGCUCGUUUCUAUAACAAGUACACCAGCGAAAUUCGGGACAGUUUCGAACGUGGUACCAUGAUCUAA